CCACGUGCGCCCUGCGACCAAACAUCAACAGACAUGGGGCGGACGGAAACCUCUCAGAAUCUCGUGGUUAUCUGCUGUAGCAAAACGGUCUUGGUUUAUGACAGACGGAAUGAUGCCUCAAGAACCCUUAACUUGGAUAUCCCAGAAACUCCCGUGGAAAGUAACAAAGCAACAGACAGUGAUGAGACUACUGCUCAAGGCAGCAAGCACCAGGUGGUUUGUGCAAGGAUAUCAGAUGAUGAAAAAUAUCUAGCUGUUGCAUGUGAGCCCAAGACAGUGACUGUGUGGUGUACACAGUCCUGGUCACUGCAAUACACCCACAACCUAGUCAAACGACCUGUUUCUGUGGACAUCUCCUCAGACUCAAAAGUGAUCUUGGUUGCAGACAAAACAGGUGAUGUGUAUCAUUUCCCAUUAAAGGGAGGUGAACUGGAGGUGACUUCUGUUUGUCAUGACAAGCAGGAAAUGUCUCCUGAGUCUGAAAGUCAAGGAAAUGAUGAAGAGAAAAGUAAUGUGCCAGCUCUUUUGGGACAUCUUUCUAUGCUGCUUGACGUGGUAAUUUCACAAGACAGUAGAUUCGUUAUUACGUGUGACAGAGAUGAGAAAAUAAGGGUGUCACACUACCCAAAUUCAUAUAACAUUCAAUCGUUUUGCCUUGGACACAGAGAGUUUGUUACGCAAAUUGAUCUUUUGCCAAGCCACAGUAAUCUGUUGCUGUCCUGCUCUGGGGACGGGACAUUAAGACUGUGGGAGUAUGAAAAAGGCCAGUGUGUGGCAGUAAUAGACACCCGUGAACACACAUCCCCCAUCCUUCACCAUUUCACUAAGUACAGUGAGGAGAGAAUCAAGCAGUCGGCUGAGGCCACGCGAUAUCUCCCUGAUUAUCCUCCCCUUAGAUGUUUUGCUCUUUACCCCUGUGCAGAGGAUGAGUAUCUAGUUGCUACCGUGUUAGACAAGAUUCCAUCAGUUUUGUUAUACAAGAUAAUGGACAGAAAGUUUAACUACCUCUCAACGACCUCCCUCGAGGGCUUGCCGUUGGCCCUCACAUGGCUCAAUUCGGAAACACUUUUGGUGCAGGAGGAAUCGGAGGAGCAGCCACUAUCCGUGUACCAGUGUGAGGCGGACAGGCUCAGUCGGUUGAAGGAGCACUCUCUCAUUUCCCUUGGGGUGAACCACAAGCACCUCUUCUCUGAAGGAGGCCCGGGCGGCGUGAACAUGGACAUCCUGUACAAGCAGCGGUACGACAACGUGGCCGAAUACCUCAAGAAGAAGGAGGAGAGGAUUGCCCUGGCGAAGGCCGUGGAGGCGGGGCUGGUCCCCCAGCCGCCGAAGAAGGGCAGGUGGGAAUAACGUUGGAGGAAGUGUAGGGGAAGAAGAAAACGAAAACGAAGAGGAGAGGGAAGAGGAAAAGGAAGAGGUUGUUGUGCGAUGUGUGAUUUGUGGUUUCAGGGGGGACGGAGUUAGGAAUGAAAAUGAAUCAGAAGAAAAGGAGUGUAAAAGAAAAAUAGUCAUGGAGACAGAGGCGCUGUUGGAGUAAGAGACGAACAGAAAAGAAUGAUCUGAAAUGAAGGAAGAGGAAGUGAAGGCGCGCGUGUCCUGAGGUGCUCUAAGAUCAGUUAUCCGAAAAUGCGUUUAUUGAAUGUUUUAUUAGUCUAAUUUUUUUAUCUGUAACACAAGCAUCGGUAUAUCUACCUUAAUGCAAUCUAUCCCAUGAUUGUAGUGUAUUGAACGGUAACAUAUCGCUAAACACAUUUUCGGAUAAUUGUCGUGGGAACACCUUUCCAACGCGCAUUCACACUCAAAUAUCAGUAGAUGUGACGCAGCGAAGACGACCAGGAAGGGAAGGCGGCAACACAGCAUACAUCAGCAUAUAUGGAAGUUCUUAAUAAAAUCGGAAUGCACAAGCUCUAGAGGAUUCAAAUUUCUCUAAUUACUCACACGUGAUCGUUAUAGCUUAUGCUCUUUUCAUGUUGGGUUGUAUGUGUUUGUUUUUUUUAUUAAAACGUGUUUAUGUAUCAUGGAGGAAGUUAUAAAAGUAAUAUUAUAUGUAUGUUGACAUUGUUCUUAAAAGAUUAUUAUGCAAGGCUUAGUUAAUUCAACACCACAAAGCCGGUGGUAUAUGUUACUACCACGCAAUAUAUCUGUAUGUGAUGAUUUUAAUAUAUGUUAAUAAGAUCC